AUUUUCAAGCUGAAUUUGUGUGAAUGAAAAUAGUGUAUUGAGUAAUUUCAAAAAGCUUUUAAAAAGCAAGAUUAAGUGAAUAAUAAAGACAGCAUAAUAUUUAAUAUAAUGCAAAACAGUUUUGGUUAAGAAAAGCAGAAAAAAUCGAUUCGCGAUGGGCGAUGUCGAUCCCGAGACUCUGUUGGAAUGGCUGUCCAUGGGACAGGGCGAUGAGCGGGAUAUGCAACUGAUAGCACUGGAGCAGCUCUGCAUGCUGCUCCUGAUGUCCGACAAUGUGGAUCGUUGCUUUGAAAGCUGUCCACCGCGCACAUUCUUGCCGGCACUGUGCAAGAUUUUCCUGGAUGAACUGGCACCCGAAAACGUGCUUGAGGUUACGGCGCGAGCCAUUACUUAUUACCUGGACGUUUCGGCGGAGUGCACCCGCCGCAUCGUGUCGAUCGAUGGCGCCAUCAAGGCCAUUUGCAAUCAUCUUGUGGUUGCGGAUCUCUCAUCACGCACAUCUCGCGAUCUCGCCGAGCAGUGCAUCAAGGUGCUCGAGCUGAUUUGCACUCGAGAAGCGGGCGCCGUUUUCGAGGGUGGCGGCCUCAACUGUGUCCUAUCUUUCAUCCGUGAUUGCGGCUCGCAAGUGCACAAAGACACAUUGCACUCGGCCAUGUCUGUGGUGUCGCGGCUGUGCACCAAAGUAGAGCCCAACACACCAUGCAUUCAAAACUGCGUGGAGAGCCUGAGCACGCUGCUGCAGCACGAGGAUUCUAUGGUAUCCGACGGCGCCCUCAAGUGCUUCGCUUCUGUGGCCGAUCGUUUCACCCGAAAGUGGGUGGACCCGGCACCGCUGGCCGAGUACGGGCUCACCACGGAACUGUUGAAGCGUUUGAAGAGUGUGGGAGGCAGCAGCCCACACUCGGGAACUGCUGCUGCUGCUGCUCAGCCACCUGCCCUGACCGCUGCACCCACUAACUCGUCAGAUGCCAUCAAUGAAAAUGUGGCCACGGGUGCGAGCGCCACCAAAGUAAAGGCAUCAUCUGAUGCAGCUGCAUCCCCGCAGUCCAUAUCCACUACGAUUUCUCUGCUAUCUACACUCUGUCGUGGAUCACCAUCGAUUACCCAUGACAUUUUGCGAUCGCAGUUGGCCGAUGCUCUUGAAAGGGCCUUGCAGGGCGACGAGAGAUGUGUGCUGGACUGCAUGCGGUUUGCAGAUCUCCUCCUCUUACUUUUGUUCGAGGGACGGCAAGCGCUAAACCGUGGAGGAGGCGGCGCCGGAGGCAGUAAUAACAACCCCAAUCAGGGACAGUUGGCCCCCCGACCUAGGCGCAACAAUACCAACACUGAUCGCACGCACCGCCAGCUCAUUGAUUGCAUCCGAUCAAAGGAUUCGGAAGCGUUGCGUGAGGCUAUCGAAUCGGGCGGAAUCGAUGUCAACUGCAUGGACGAUGUGGGGCAGACGCUUCUCAACUGGGCCUCUGCCUUUGGUACCUUGGAAAUGGUCGAGUACUUGUGCGAAAAAGGUGCUGACGUGAACAAGGGGCAGCGCAGCUCGUCCCUUCACUAUGCAGCCUGCUUCGGUCGUCCGGCAAUUGCAAAAAUUCUUCUCAAAUUCGGCGCCUAUCCGGAUCUACGUGAUGAGGACGGCAAGACGCCACUGGACAAGGCGCGUGAGAGACUAGACGACGGCCACCGGGAAGUGGCGGCCAUACUUCAGUCACCCGGCGAGUGGAUGUCGCCAGAUCACUCGCUCCUCAACAAGGAUGGGAAGAAGGGCACAUUGAUGGAGCCGCGCGGGGAUCCCGAAAUGGCUCCUAUUUAUCUUAAGGUUCUACUUCCUAUUUUCUGCCGCACCUUUUUGGGCUCCAUGCUUGGCAGUGUGAGGCGCGCUAGCUUGGCGCUGAUAAAAAAGAUUGUCCAAUACGCGUACCCAACGGUGCUGCAAAGCCUGAGCGAGUCCGGCUACAGCGAUGAGGUACACGCCUCCACUUCAUCAGGCCAGAAUGGCGGAAACCUGCUUAUCGAGGUGGUCGCCAGUGUCCUAGACAAUGAGGACGACGACGAUGGUCAUUUAAUUGUUUUAAACAUUAUUGAGGAAAUUAUGUGUAAGACACAAGAGGAAUUUCUCGAUCACUUUGCCCGAUUAGGAGUGUUUGCUAAGGUCCAAGCUCUGAUGGACACGGAUGCCGAGGAUAUGUAUGUGCAAUCAUCGUCAGGAACCGCCGACGAGACGGCAUCUUCCACUCAGAAAUCUUUAAGCAACGUCGUCGUCAGCCCUCGAGCAGCUCUAGACGACCCCAUGGAGGACGCUAAAGAGAUAUUGCAGGGAAAGCCCUACCACUGGCGGGAGUGGAGCAUUUGUCGGGGACGUGACUGCCUGUAUGUGUGGUCAGACUCGGUGGCAUUGGAGCUCUCCAAUGGCUCAAACGGCUGGUUUCGCUUUAUAAUCGAUGGCAAGCUGGCCACAAUGUACUCCAGCGGAAGUCCAGAGAAUGGAAAUGAUAGUUCAGAAAAUCGCGGUGAGUUCCUGGAAAAACUAAUGCGAGCCCGAUCGUGCGUGAUUCCCGGCGUUGUUUCCCAGCCAAUUUUACCCACAGCGAGUGCCCUGCGUUUGGUUGUCGGUAACUGGGUCUUGCAAUCGCAUAAAACAAAUCAGCUGCAAAUACACAAUACAGAAGGCCAUCAGGUCACAGUACUGCAGGACGACUUGCCUGGCUUUAUAUUUGAAAGCAAUCGAGGCACGAAACACACCUUCACGGCCGAAACUGUGCUGGGUCCCGAUUUCGCUUCCGGCUGGUCCACGGCCAAAAAGAAGCGCAACAAGUCCAAGGCGGAGGGUCAGAAGUUUCAGGUACGCAACCUGUCGCGCGAAAUCUACAACAAGUACUUUAAAUCGGCGCAGACUGUCCCUCGCGGAGCGGUCGCCAUACUGACCGAUAUCGUGAAGCAAAUUGAGGUGUCGUUCGAGGAGCAGCACAUGGCACCGAAUGGCAGCUGGGACACGACUUUAUCCGCCGCUCUCACCAAGCUGUGUCAAUUGAUACACGAGGAUGGGGUAGUGAGCGCCUACGAAAUGCAUUCGUCGGGCUUGGUGCAGGCUCUGGUGGCCGUACUGUCGGUUAAUCAUUGGGAAAAUAACUCAAAGCGCAACAAAAUGCAAAAACAGCGUGUGGCCGUCUUCAAGAAAUGUAUCCUCGAGGACAGCGUUGAAUCGGCGGCAACGAGAACCAAGAGUACGGCCAGCAUUUUGAUCCAGAAACUAGUGUCCGUAUUGGAGAGCACAGAGAAGCUACCGAUAUAUCUUUACGACACUCCAUGCACCGGCUAUAGCUUGCAGAUUCUGCAGAAGAGACUGCGCUUCCGCUUGGAACGUGCCGAGUGUGAAAGCACCUUGUUCGAUCGCUCCGGACGUACUCUUAAAAUGGAGCCCCUGGCCACAAUCGGACAACUGUCCAAGUACUUGCUCAAAAUGGUGGCCAAGCAAUGGUACGACCUGGACCGAUCCACAUACUUUUAUUUGAAGAAAAUACGGGAGCAUCGUCCGGGACUCGUCUUUUCGCACUCCUUUGAUUUCGAUGAAGAGGGUUUGUUGUUUUACAUUGGAACGAACGCCAAGACCUGUGAUUGGGUCAAUCCAGCGCAGUACGGUCUGGUCCAGGUCACCAGUUCAGAAGGCAAAACGUUACCUUAUGGCAAGCUGGAGGAUAUCCUCUCCCGAGACAGCAUCUCGCUGAACUGUCACACGAAGGAUAACAAGAAGGCAUGGUUCGCUAUCGAUUUGGGUGUCUACAUCAUACCCACGGCUUACACCCUCCGGCAUGCUCGCGGGUAUGGAAGAUCGGCUCUAAGGAACUGGUUGCUCCAGGGCUCAAAGGAUGGUCUGACUUGGACCACGCUCAGUGCGCAUACGGAUGACAAGAGUCUCAUCGAACCCGGAAGCACGGCCACGUGGCCCAUUACGUGUCCAGCUUCGGAUGAUACCAUUAGAUACCGCCACAUUAGGAUCCAACAGAAUGGACGCAAUGCCUCUGGUCAAACCCAUUACCUGAGCUUGAGCGGCUUCGAGAUCUAUGGUCGUGUUGUGGGCAUUGCCGAUGACAUUGGCAAAAGUGUUAAGGAGGCUGAGGCAAAAAUAAGGCGCGAGAGGCGGCAAAUUCGCGCGCAACUAAAGCACAUGACAACUGGAGCGAGGGUAAUACGCGGUGUUGACUGGCGAUGGGAGGAUCAGGACGGAUGUGGCGGCGAGGGAACAAUUACGGGCGAAAUACACAACGGCUGGAUCGAUGUCAAGUGGGAUCACGGCGUGCGCAACUCGUAUCGCAUGGGUGCUGAGGGCAAGUACGAUCUGAAACUGGCCGAUGGCGAGUAUCUUUCCAUAUUCGAAGGCAAUCAAUCGUCGGCGACGGGCACGAUGAAGGUAAAUGAUAAGACCAACCCGACGGCGCUUACAUCACGCAAGUCUAGUUCCACGCCAUCCCUGCCCGAGGCCACGGAGAAGAACCAGAACCAUCAUCCUGAAGUUGGGGCAUCCAAUCAAACCGUUUCAGCGGAUAAUCUCGCCUGGAAGCAGGCUGUUGUCGUCGAGACAAUUGCGGAGAAUGUCUUUGCAUCCGCCAAGACACAGAUUAUAUCGACAAACCAGUUGGCCACCGCAUCCGCCAGAGAGGUUCGUGCGAAGCACAAAGAAUCCGGGACAAGUCCCAUGCAUAAGGAUAACAUAAGUGGACCGUCGCCAUUGAGUCGCGAUUUGGAGCACAUCUCGGACUUGUCAGCGAUCAACAACUCCAUGCCGGCUAUUAACUCUGGCAUUGUCUCCGAUCUAGCCACCAUUUCCGAGAACUUAUCACUGGCAGAAUUAGAGACCAAGGAGAAUGUAUGCAGCAAACCAUCCGAGAUCCUUCCUGCUGAUGUCCAGACUCCUGCUCCUCGAGAGUCGAGUGAUAUCAAAAACAUAUCCAACAUUGAAGAAAACAACAAGAUGAAUGCCAACAACACGGUGAAUAAAAUCUCUAAGGAGCUUUUGGUGAAUCUGCGAACCACCAACAACACAGUAACCCAACUCUCGACCGAAGCGCUCGAAAUGAUUGAUAAGAUGCGUGAUGGCGUGGAUAUGAUCAGGAAUAACUCAAACAAUAUACUCUCAACAGACACGUUCCCAGCUUCCUGCGCAAACAUAGGCUUGAAGAAGCAGCCAAAGGGACAAGGCUUGAUUAAGGUCGACGAGAAGAAUACAAAGAAACCCAGUGGUGUUAUUUCACUGAAGCCAGCAACAGCAGCAGCAGCAGCACAGCAACCGAGUGCAGAUCCACAGAUUUCAUCUGAAACAGUUCCGGUCCCCAGCCAGAUGAUGAGCAUUAGUGUCCCCAACUUGACGACAACUUCAGCUUCGGAAGUGCCGACUACAUCGGAGGUGGCCACGAUGCACACCGGCUUGCUGGAGACCUUCGCAGCGAUUGCCCGUCGUCGUACCUCCCAGGGAACAUCCAACAUCCAGGAUAAUCAGAUUAUGAAUGCGGCGGAUGUUGUGAAUGUUAAUGAGCAUGGCGGCGAUCAGAAUGCCUCCGGCUCCUUCCACGGACACUCGGUAACUAGCUUAGUUAAGCUGGCACUGUCCAGUAACUUCCACUCAGGAUUGCUGAACACCGCUCAGAGUUAUCCAAGCUUAUCCUCGAAUAAUAGUAUAAACACGGCUCCGUCAUCAAAUCAUCCAUCGACAAAUACCUCGGCCGGACAGCAAUCCGCAUCUACCAUCAAUCACACUCUAACCAUGAGUCUGACCUCCACAUCUAGCGAUAGCGAACAAGUGUCCCUUGAAGAUUUCUUGGAGAGCUGUCGAGCGCCGGCGUUGUUGGGCGACUUGGACGAUGAGGACGACAUGGACGAGGACAACGAUGAGGAGGAGAAUGAAGACGAGUAUGAGGAGGUGGGCAACACGCUGCUACAAGUCAUGGUGUCCCGGAACUUGCUAACCUUUAUGGACGACGAGGCUUUGGAGAACAGGCUGGUGGGUGUGACUACGAAGCGCAAGUCGUGGGAUGAUGAGUUCGUUCUUAAGAGGCAAUUCUCCGCUUUGAUACCAGCAUUUGACCCUCGACCGGGUCGAACAAACGUGAAUCAAACUUCGGACCUGGAACUUCCUCCAAUCGGGGUUGAGGAGUCACCCAAACCACAGCCCAGUGGCCAUGAGACAAUUGAGCAGCCAUUGCUUGGUUUGAAGUUGCGCGGUCCGGGAAUCGGCGGAAUUCCUGAAGUGGAAAUCGAUUUGAACAACACCGACUGGACCAUCUUUAGAGCCGUGCAGGAAUUACUGCAAUGCAGUCAGUUGAACAAGUUGGACAAAUUUCGAAAGAUAUGGGAGCCCACAUACACCAUUGUGUACCGGGAGGUGUCGCCAGAGGCACAGGAAACCGCAGAGGAACUGGCACAAACGCCUGAUGUGUCGUCGAAAAGUGGAGCUUCCACAUUGUCUCCCAACUCUCCAAUGCAUCUUGGUUUCACUAUUGCGGACAAUAACCACAUGUGCUCCGUUGACGACGUCCUCGAGUUGCUCACUCAAAUCAAUGCCCUCAAUCAGAACGAUAUCGAGCAUUCGGACAAGGAACACGUUGGAGCUCCACUUCUAUCCGAAGAUCUUUUCAUCAGCAAGAAGAUCACAAACAAGUUACAGCAGCAAAUCCAAGAUCCAUUGGUUCUCUCCAGCAACGCUUUACCGAAUUGGUGCGAGAACUUAAAUCAAUCCUGUCCGUUCCUGUUUCCCUUCGAGACGAGGCAGCUGUACUUCAAUUGCACAUCGUUUGGAGCCUCGAGGAGUAUCGUUUGCCUGCAAUCUCAGCGGGAUGUCACCGUUGAAAGACAGCGGAUACCCAUUAUGAGUCCGCGCCGUGAUGAUCACGAAUUCCGCAUCGGGCGACUAAAGCACGAGCGCGUUAAAGUUCCGCGAAACGAGGACUUGCUGAAGUGGGCCAUGCAGGUUAUGAAGACGCACAGUAACAGGAAGUCUGUGUUGGAGGUGGAGUUUUUGGACGAGGAAGGAACUGGCUUGGGACCCACCUUGGAAUUUUAUGCCCUAGUUGCGGCAGAAAUUCAACGCUCCGAUCUCUGCAUGUGGCUCUGUGAUGAGGAGUUGGGCCAGGAUCUAGAAAACGCCCCGGAUACCAUUGAAGCGAGUUCAAAACCCGUCGGGUAUUAUGUGAAUCGGAGGGAGCAUGGAUUGUUCCCAGCACCCCUUCCUCAGAAUACCGAGAUCAGUGAGAAGGUCCUCAAAUAUUUCUGGUUCUUCGGGGUUUUCGUUGCAAAGGUACUGCAGGACAUGCGUUUAGUGGACAUACCUUUGUCCACAUCAUUUCUUCAACUGCUUUGUCACAACAAAGUGCUAUCCCGUAAUCUCCAUAAAGUAAUUUCGGACCGACGAAAUGGUGAUCUCUCUGUCGUGUCCGAAGAAGAAUCAGACAUUCUAGAUACCUGCACCAAGCUGUUGCGAACUGAUGGCAAUAAAUCGAAUGCCUUUGGCGGCAUCCUAUCUCUGGAGAACUUAAAAGAAAUUGAUCCCACGCGGUAUCAGUUCCUGCAAGAGUUGCAAAAUCUGAUAAUGCGCAAGCAAUCCAUCGAUUGUGACGACACUCUAAGCGCCGAAAGGAAACAAGAACUGAUUGACGAGCUGAAGUUACACACCCAGAAUGGUCUAGAAGUAUCCCUAGAAGACUUGGCGCUUACGUUUACGUAUUCGCCUAGUUCCUCCGUUUACGGAUAUGAACAGGCCGAUUUGCUGCCGGAUGGAUCCUCGGUGAACGUCACCAUCAACAACUUGGAGGCAUAUUGUGAGCUGCUAAUGAACUUCAUCCUGCAAGACGGCAUUGCGCAACAGAUGAAGGCUUUUAGUGAUGGGUUCAAUGAGGUGUUCCCUCUGAAAAAGCUGGCCGCUUUCACCCCCUCAGAGGCACGAAUGAUGAUAUGUGGCGAACAGUUUCCCCAUUGGAGCCGAGAAGAUAUUAUUUCAUAUACUGAACCAAAACUUGGCUACAACAAAGACAGUCCUGGCUUCCAACGUUUUGUUAACGUUCUGUUGAGCAUGUCGGGCGACGAAAGGAAAGCCUUCCUUCAAUUUACAACCGGUUGCAGUAGCUUGCCUCCGGGUGGACUUGCAAACUUACAUCCCAGACUGACAGUUGUCCGGAAGGUGGACGCCGGCGUUGGAAGCUAUCCGUCGGUGAACACCUGCGUUCACUACCUGAAGCUUCCGGAUUACCCAACCGAGGAGAUAAUGAAGGAGCGCUUGUUAACGGCAACUAAGGAAAAGGGGUUUCAUUUAAAUUAAACAAUUUAUUGUAUUCGAUAUUCAAGUUAAUAAAAAUUUGAGCCUUUUGUUAUUUAAAUAUUACUGUUGUGUGUUAA